AUGAAGCCUCCAGCUACACCUAUAAUUAGAGCGCGACAUCGCCGCCUAUGUAGAACGUGCAACAAGGCACCGCUCCCACUUCUCCUGGCUGCGUACAAGCAACGCUCUCCGUCAUCGGAUUCGCCUUCGCCCCCUGGGUCGCCUCAUUCACGUGCAGUCGAGCUCGAUCAAUCCAGAUCCUUCACCGCGCCAGCAUUCGAGAGGACGCCAUGUAACUGCGACAAUGUAGUGUGGCUAUGCGCGCCGUGUGGCAAAGACCUGCGAAACGCCGAUACCAUCUAUUAUCUAGGUGGUGUGGGCACUGGAGCCGGCGAAGGUAAUGAAGGUGUGGAAUGUGGAAGAGGCUCAGCUUGUCUGGGCGCCCGUGUCGUUGAGCACGAGACUUGCGAGCAAGAUAUACUGGAUGCACUGGCUGCUGCAGAUGCAUCGCCAGAGGCAGGCGAGCGCUGGAGGGGCACGAGCUACCUUGCGCAGGAGAUCGAGGGUAUUGGGGGCGUUUUGAAGGUCAAGCACAAGAAGCAGCUUUACGAGGACGAGCGAGAGAAGGCAGUGCAAUAUCUCGAGCGUGAAGUCACUGGCAAGUUGAGGAGUUGGUGCUCGUGGUGCGAGCGCAUUGUACUGGGUGAGAAAGACAAGGCCGACAUCGCUGGUCAUCCCAUUUCUAGCGGGUCAAGCUCAACAUCAUCGAGGUCAAGCUGA